CAAAUCGGCCCAGUUGGAAACAAAUUUUUUCAUUCGUCGCGUCCGAGGUGAAAGAUUUUCUGUGCUGUGCUGCUGUGAUCAAUCAGCGACAAGCGUCCGGUACCUCCGAGGGGGGUUAAGUUGUCCACCCAAUCAGGAAAUCAGGGAAUCGAAGUUUAGUAGCUGAUACGGGAAGUGUUGUUCGGUGCAAAAGUGGAAAAGUUCUCCCUGAAUUGAGAGAACUCGAAAUAAGUGCGUCACAGUUCCAGAAACCUUGGACGGAUUUGAAUUCCUCGAAAGUGAUUCAGAAUAUUGUGCUCUGUACAGCAUCCAGCAAUUUGCGUACCAGAAUAGCGACAUCCACGAAAACUACCAACCAGGAUGGCUAGCACCAGUGGAACUACUGAUACCGAGAAGAUGACCGAAGCCGAACGGCACUUGCAAGAGUUUUGGCCAGCAGUAUCCCGAGAAAUGGUACGGGUUAAACACGUCGAACCGGGAAACCAAGUCCUACCGCUGGCUCGCAUCAAAAAGAUCAUGAAACUGGACGAAGAUGUCAAGAUGAUAUCGGCCGAAGCCCCACUCCUAUUUGCCAAAGCAGCGGAGAUUUUUAUCCAGGAGCUAACUUUGCGCGCCUGGGUCCACACCGAAGACAACAAGCGCCGGACGCUUCAACGCAGUGACAUCGCCAUGGCUAUAGCGAAAUAUGACAUGUUCGAUUUUCUUAUUGACAUUGUCCCGAGGGACGAGAUCAAACCGGCCCGGAGGGAUUUCGAUGCAGCAAAAGCUGCUGCCAGUACGUCUCAGGACGAUACCCAGAAUGUGCAGUACUACUUUCAGCUGGCCCAGCAACACCAGCAGGCACUCCAGCAGGGAACAUCUGCGGGGACAAGUGGACCCAGCACCAGUACUGCGACUGUUGUUUCGAGCAGCAGUACGAUUGUACCAACGAAUACGACUGUUCCUAGCAUCGUGCAGCUGCAAACGUCUCCAGGAAUAACACAUCAAAUUGCUGUUGCAAAUCCCGGGCAAACUGCACAGAUUCAGACCAUCCAACAACCGGCACCUCAGAUUAUUGGAUCCGCAACAAUUAAUCCUACGCAGUUGAUUCAGGGUACACCUCUACAGCUUGUUCAACAAGUGCUGACACCUACCGGUGAAAUCACACACAUUCCGAUCCCCCUCACGCAAAACCAGCUGAACCUGAUCCGGGCAAAUAUGCAGCUGGGAGCGGUUCCAGUGACGGGCAAUACCGUGACCGGUCAGCUCACGGCAACGAACCCCGGAACCGGGCAGCCGAUCAUCAUCCAGACGGCCGCCCCCACGAUACAAACGGCGCACCCCACUCUCAUUCAAACCGGACAACCGACCGAAGUAUUUCUGCAGCAGCUACAGCAACACCAACAGCAGCAGCAGCAACAGCAACAACAUCAGCAGCAACACCAUCCACAAUUGCAGCAAGUGCAACUGCAACAGCAUCAGCUGAUUCAACAUCACCAACAACAUCCGGUGCAGCAACAGCAACAUCAACAACAGCAGUAGUAGUAGUAAGUGUUUAAGCUGGUUUGAACCUAUGGUAAGUUAAAUUUAAAAUAUAGUAUAGAUUAUAAGCAAUGCAUUUCAUAACUCACACAGGAAGAGUUAACAAAAUGUUACGUGUAAAUAUUUUUUUAAACUGUACACAUCUGUCGUAUGUUUGUCCUGAAGAACCAAGUUCGGCAUAGUUUAAUUUCUUUAUUUUUUCUAAGAAAUAAAACAACUGUACAUGUUAGUGGAG